UCGAUUCGGGGGAAUUGGUGAAAUAGGCCUAAAGCCAGCCCCGUCGGGAUCCCAGGCUGUAGGUACCUGCCUGGGGAACAGAGACUUGCUAAGGGGCUCCUCGGGCUAACAGAGGAAGAUGUAACAGGCUCCACUGGCUGGAAGUAGAAGCUAGACCAGGGCAGGCAGGAAAGGGGCAUAGAUCUAACCGGAUGGGUAACAACCACGGGACAAUGUCCCAAGGGCCGGGCUGGAUUCUCCAGCACUGGUAAUUUUAGACUCAAGACAGACAGGACGUUUUUCUGCUCUUGUUCCACCACAGUAUGCGGGGAUUGAAGCUGGGCUGGAGCAGUCAGUUUACUGAUUUGCAUAAAAUAUUGCCUGGGGAGUGGCAGGAAGCCUGGCAGUGGUGCAAGGGUUUCCCUUGUUGGGGGGAGGCGGGAGUGGGGCAGGGCGAGGAGCUGUUCUGGGUUAUCUUUGCUUUUCUAGCCUGGCUGCAGAGCCCUGCCCCACCCUCUGCAGCUCCAAGCAGAUCCCGGGGAACCUGGCCUGGGCUCUCUCGGUGCCAAGUUUAUGACCCCUUAGCACAGCGCCUGGGGUGAUCAGAACGCCCCACCCCCUAGUAAAAGGGACAAGUCUGCUCCGUCCUAUCCCCCCUCUGUCUCAUCGCUGCCUUAGUAUCCACACAGCAGUGGGCUCUGGGGCAGACGCAGACCCCUUUGCACACACCCCUACCUGAGGACAGGUGCUCAUGUUCUCUCAUCCACCAGCCAGAAUGGCAGCUUUCAAUGCAGCCAGCUCCAGCACCAUGCUUGGGCACUGGGCCAGCGCCAACUCCGAGGAGAGUUCCCCCCACCUCCCGCAUGGCCCCUGGCCAUGCACUGAGCCAGUCUUUUGCACAGCACAAGUGCCAUGGUUGUGCGCUGCGACUUGCCCAGCUGACAUCACACCUGGGCACUGGCACCACAGAACAAGCCAACCUCCCACUGCAGUGCCCUUGCUGUGAUGUGCCGAGCGGACGUCCCACGCCAUGGGCACUGCUGCAGGCAGAGCUGCCGGGGAGCGGGCGGGGCGCUGGGAGGACGCUCAGGGCUGUGUCUGACUUGCCCAGAGCUGCCUGUCUGCUCACCGAUCCCAGCUGGGGAAAGCAGGAGUUCCAAGCAGAUCUCCUUCCUCUGGCACACGCUUGCUGCGGGACGGGCAAGCAGUCGGGAGGUGGGAGAUCUCAGGCCAGCUCGGAGAAGAGAAGGAAGAAGGGUGCGAAGCAGAACUCUGUUCCCAGCCGGCGGGAGCAGCCCCAGGGAGCACGGGGGCCGCUGCACAAGGAGCCCAGGACGGCCAGCACACGUAUGGCAGCCCACAGAGAGGAGUUGAUGUCUGCUGGCAGGAAGGAGAAGUCCAGGAUGGCAGAGGAGAGUUCAAGUGGUAGCAGCAGCUCCCCUAGCCCUGGGGACACUCUCCCUUGGAACCUGGCCAAGCACCAGAGAACCAAAAGAACCAAGUCGUCCUCGGGCAGCGGGACCGUGCUGGAUCCGGCGGAGAGAGCUGUGAUCCGGAUCGCAGGUAGGGUGCUCGUUGUGCCAAUACGCUUUCUCUGGGCAGAUGGUCAUAGCUCUCCCCCUCUGGACAUAGUGAGAGGCAGCUGCUGUGUGAACAGUGCAGCUGGAUUGGCAGAUCACCAGCAGCCAUCGUGCAUGGGGGACCGUCACCCCGUGGGCGUGUUUCUAGUGGGAUCUGGUUUCAGCCCAGCGCUAUUCAGUAUCUAUCCAUCAUCUGGGAGAAAACAGACAAUCACUGCUGGUAACAUUUGCGCCUACACCAAGUUGCUGGUGUGGUAAAUACAGGGACAGCCAGUCUGGAUCGUUUGGUACGGGAGGUUCCUCUGAACCGCACGUGUUUAAUCCACAAGGGGGCCGGGCGUGUUUCUGUGCAGGGUCAUGCGAUUGGGAACAGAGCCUGUGCGCCCCAUGUGUCAGAUUUGAGGCGGGCUGCUGGAAUGCACAUAGGGGGUGUGACCCUGAGCUCCCCGCGCGAUGCUGGGGCUAUAGUGUGAACGUGAUCCUGGGAACCAUCGAGUAGGACACGGAGGUGCUGUGACCUCUGUGUAUGGCAUUGGUGGGCCCAUCCCUGGGUGGUGGCACUUCAACAAGGAUGUUGGCAAACUGGGAAGGAUUCAGAAAAGCUCUGCGAGGCUGGUGUGUGGUGUGGAACAUGGCCUCAAGGCAGAGACUAAAGAAACUGUCCAGUUAGCUCAUCCAAGAGACGUUUUAGAGGCGACUUGGGCACUUACAGAGGAGCCGAUUUCUGAUGGCAGACGGCUCUUGGGUCUGGCUGUAAAAGGCAGGAUGAGAUUUGAUGUUGGGAAGUCGAAGCCAGGCAAGGUGCAGUUUACUGUCAGGCAGGGGAAUUAACCACUGGAACAGCUCAUCCAGGGAAGUUUAGGCUUAUACAAUGUGCAGGUGACACCGAGCUGGGAGGGGUUGCAAGCGCUUUGGAGGGCAGGAUUAGAAUUCAAAAGGCCCGUGGCAAACAGGAGAAUUGGUCUGAAAUCAGCAAGAUGAAAUUCAAUCGACAAGUGCCAAGUACUUCACCUAGAAAGGAAAAAUCAAAUGCACAGCCACAAGCCGGGGAGUAACUGGCUGAGUGGGGAAUGGCUGAACGGGAUCUGGCGGUUAUAACGGGUCGCAAACCCAACCUGCGCGGUCAGUGGAAGUGGUGGUGAGGUGUGAAGGGCCCAGGAUAGGUGGGAGAGAAGGUGGGUGAGGUAAUGUUUUUACUGGGUGGGGAUCUGUCGUUCUCAUGGCCACUACUUCCCCACUCUUGGGGGUUAAGCUCUGGAACAGGUAUCUCAGGGAGGUUGUGGGGUCCCCGCGUUGGUGGUGGUUUUUAAGAACAGGGCUGGUGUAGGGUUACUUGGCCCUGCCUCAGCGUGGGGAGCUGGACUUGACGCUCUUUUGAGGUCCCUUCAGCCCCACAUUUCUGUGAUUCUGGGAUAGGGACUGGAAAUCCAGACAGGAUGGCCCUGCUGUGGCUCAGCUCGGAGUUCUGGGUUUGCUGCAGGAGUCACUGGAUGCGACGUGGGGGGAGGGGGGGGAGGGUCCGAUCGGGUGGUCACAGUGAGCCCUUCUGGCCUUAAAUUCCAUGAACAGAAGCUAUAAAUAUCUGGACCAUGUUGUGGGAACAUGUGAGCAGCCGUACUGGGCCAGAGCACAGACCAGCUAGCCCAGGCUCCUGUCUCCAGCGCUCAUCUGUAUCAGAGCUUCAGAUGGAGUGAACAGAACAGAGCAAUUAUGGAGUGACCCACCCCUGGUCUCCACUCCCAGCUUCUGCAGUCAGAGGUUGAGGGUUGCCCAAACAUGGGAUUUCAUCCCUGACCAUCUUGGCCAUCACAACAUCCCACGGCAGUGAGUUCCCCAGGUUAGUUGUGCAGUGGGUGAAAAAAAUAUUUCUCUUGUUUUGUAUUAAACCCGCUGCCUGUUAAUGUUAUCGGGUGACCUCUGUGUUUUUGUGCUGUGGGAAAGGGUAAAUAACUCUUCUCUAGGCACUUUCUCCACCCCAGUCAUGAUUUUAUAGUCCUCUGCC